AUGGAUGUUGUCACAGUUUUUCAAGAUGAUAUAUCUAUUUCUGGUAAAACUAGAUUAGAACACAAUAAUAGAUUAGAGGCUGUGUUAAACAAACUUCAAAAUUCUGGUUUAAAAGUUAAAGUUGAAAAGUGUAAAUUUCUUAAAAAUUCCAUUGAAUAUUUGGGUCAUUUUUUGGAUAAAAACGGUAUGGUUACUUAUUAUAUCAAAUAUAUACCCAAUUCAGCUGAACUUUUAGAACCACUUUAUAAAUUGACUAGAAAGGAAGAGGAUUUUAUUUGGUCUAAUAAAUGUAAUAAUGCUUUCAAUCAAAUAAAAAAACUUCUAAUUUCUAACAGAGUUUUAGCUAAUUUUGAUUCUGAAUUACCAUUAAAGUUAACUGUUGAUGCAUCUAGUAUUGCGGUUGGUGCCAUUUUAUCACAUGUUUAUAAUGAUAAUACAGAAAGACCAAUAGCAUUUGCAUCACACUUAUUAACAAAAGCUGAGCAAAAAUAUCCACAGUUAGAAAGAGAGGGGUUAGCAAUUAUUUUUGUUGUUAAAAAAUUUCAUGAUUAUCUAUUUGGAAAACAUUUUACUUUAGUAACAGAUAAUAGGCCCAUUGCACACAUUUUAAAUCCAAAAAAGGGCAUUCCCACUAUUGCUGCAAACCGCUUACAGCGUUGGGCUUAUAUUUUGAUGGCUUACAAAUUCGAUAUUAAAUGGGUUUCCACUAAUAAUAAUCCAGCUGAUUAUUUAUCUAGAUUAUCUAUACAAAGUAAACAAAUAGACAUAGAAGCAAACACUAAUUAUUUAAAUUAUAUAAAUGAUGAAUCAAAUUGGAUUUUAGACUGGUUCAAAAUUAAAAAAGCGACUAGGUCUGAUCCUAUCAUGGCAAAAAUCAUUAAUUAUGUUUCUAAUGAUAAUUGGUCAAAUGAUUCCAAUAAAGAUCCAAAUAUAAUACCCUAUUAUAAAAGAAAAAAUGAGUUAACUAUAGAACAAAACGUUUUAAUGUGGGGUUACAGGGUAAUAAUUCCUGCUAAGUUUAGAAAUAAAUUAUUAGAUCAGUUACAUGAAUCACAUCAGGGUACAACCAAAAUGAAAAGUUUGGCUAGAGCCUAUUUUUGGUGGCCUUUACUUGAUAGUGAAAUCGAAAAGUUAACUAGUAGCUGUGAAGUAUGUUGUGAAAAUAGAGCAAUUCCUCCAAAAGUAAUUCUAAAACCUUUUGUAUGGCCAACUAAACCUUGGACAAGAAUUCAUAUUGAUUUUCUAGGGCCAGUUUUCGGUCAAACUUUUUUUGUUUUAGUUGAUGCCACAUCCAAGUGGAUUGAACGUUUCAAAGUAAAUUCUCUUAACACUACCACAGUCAUUAAGCAUUUAACUGAAGUUUUUUCUAGAUUUGGUUUACCUAAAUCAAUUACAUCCGAUGGUGCUAAAUGUUUUUCUAAUGAAGUUUUCCAUUCUUUCCUAAAAAUGUAUGGUAUCAUGCAUUUAGUUGGAGCCCCUUACCAUCCGCAAAGUAAUGGUGCUGCUGAAAGCGCUGUAAAAAUAAUUAAACAUUUUAUUAAGAAAAUUAUAAAAAGUCCUGUUAAAUCUGAUUUAGAUGUUGAAUUGAGUAAAUUUUUGUUUCAAUACAGAAACACUCCUCAUACUACCACAAAGGAAACUCCUACUAAGAUUCUAUUAGGCAAGUCAGUAAGAUUCAUUUUUUAUCUACUUAAACCACAAAUUGACGACAUAGUCCUAGGUCAACAAAUUACUCUAAUUAAAAAUAGCGGAAGGAGAGAUGUCGUUUUUGAUAUAAAUGAAAAAGUGUUAGUAAGGGAUUAUAGAUCUCCAAGUUCCAAGUGGAAAACAGCUGUAGUAACAAAAAUAUUAGGCACUAGAAAUUAUCAAGUCACCACAGACGAAAAUCACAUUUGGAAACGUCAUAUAGAUCAAAUGUUAAAAAUUAAACAAUCCAAUCAUGAACAAAUUUCUAAUACUAACACUGAUUCAACAAAUAAUAGUUAUAAAAGUCCGAUUUCUGAAACAACCUUAAAUACCACUAAUAACCAACAAAGACCCAAGAUAACUAUUAGGAAACCAGCUAAAUAUUAUCAAUAA